AUGAAAUCAAAUGACUCAAUUGAAGAGUUAAUAAAUUUAUUUACUUCGAUUUUACUUGACAAGUAUAAAAUAGAUUGCAACAAACUGGUUAUUGCAUUAACUAUGGCCGGGAAAUAUAACUACAAGUCUCUCAAGCUUUAUGUCAAGAUCAUUAACCAUUUCUUAGCGAAAUACUCAUUAAAAUAUAAAGAUUUACCUUCUUAUACUAUAUCAUGGCCUUUGUAUUGUCCGAAUGAUUCCGCUAAUGAAAAUCGAAUCAGAAUUAAAAAAAAUUCAUUCCCUGUUGAGGAUGAAAUCGAUUAUGUGAUAAUGCAUGAUCAAAUUGAAGAUUUUAAAGAAUUCAUUUCUGAAAAUGCAUUAGAAAAGAUUAGAAUAAGAAUUCCUGUUAUUCCUCCUCCACUGAUCUACAACUUUUCAAGCGAUCUUUCAGCAAUAGAAGCAUGCUGUUAUUUUGGAUCAGUCAACAUUUUUUAUUUCAUCAUUACAAAUUUAGCAGGUGAUGUAAGUGAAGCAUGUCUUCAACUAGCGUUAAUUGGUGGAAAUACUGACAUAAUCAAUGAAUGUAUGAAGCAUCAAAAUUUAAAUCCACAAUGCUUGAAAUAUGCUAUACUAAGUCAUAACAAUAAAUUUCUUGAAUAUAUAUUUGAAAGAGAUUCGUUUACACUUCAAGAUCUUGACUCUGAUGCAAUAAUCAGUUCGAAUAACUUGAAAGCUGUUUUCUUAAUGUUCGAGAAAGAAAGAAAUUCAGUAUUUCCAUGGUGUAUGGCCUUUCCACAGAUUAAAGACAUUCUUCAAAAUGAAGAAGUUGAUUAUUCGAAGGUCACAAUAAAAGGCUGGAAUUGCCUUGAUUAUGUCAUGGUAAAUAAUAAUAGGGAAGUAUGCGAUUUUUUGAUAAAUUCAUCAACAAUCGAAAAAAUAUAUUGCCAAAGGCAUCUUUUUCAAGCAGCCAAAUAUAAUUUUAUAGAAAUUAUUAAAUUUUUAGUUUCGCACGGUAUCAAUAUCAAUUCCAAAGAUUCUGCUGGGAAAACAGCACUUCAUUAUGCAACAGAAAAGAAUAAUAAAGAAAUUGUAGAAUUUCUUAUAUCACAAGGUGCUAAUGUAUUAGUCAAAGACAAAAAUGGAAGUACUUUGCUUCAUUCAGCGGCAAUGGGAAACUGUAAAGAAAUUACUGAACUUCUCAUUUCUAAAGGCGCAAUUGUUGAUGCAACAAGCGUAGUAAAGGAAACACCCCUUAUCUAUUCAAUAGUAUAUAAUAGUCUCGAAACGAUGAAAGUUCUUAUUUCACAUGGCGCAAAUGUAAAUAAUAAGACAUACUUGCUUCGGAUUGCAAAAAAAUUCAAUAGAAAAGAAAUAGCAGAAUUUCUUAAUUCACUCGAUGCAAAAACAUCUCAGCCAGCAUAA